CCGGGCCGGGAGUGCAGGCUGGGCUGCGUGCACGGGCUCGGUCGUCGCUGCCGAGGCCCUUCUGCCCGUGGGCCCACAGAGGCCGUAGCAUCCUGGGUCGUGUUCUGCCUCUUUCCUGGAAGGCCCGCUCCUCACCCCUUCACAUGUGUUGCCUCCCCGUGUAGCCAUGACGACUGCCAUCCUGGAGCGUCUGAGCACCUUGUCCGUGAGUGGACAGCAUCUGCGCCGCCUGCCCAAGAUUUUGGAGGAUGGGCUGCCCAAGAUGCCUGGCACCGUCCCGGAGACCGACGUGCCCCAGCUCUUCCGGGAGCCCUACAUCCAUGCUGGGUACCGCCCCACCGGCCACGAGUGGCGUUACUACUUCUUCAGCCUCUUUCAGAAACACAACGAGGUGGUCAACGUCUGGACCCACUUGCUGGCGGCUCUGGCCGUCCUCUUGCGGUUCUGGGCCUUUGUGGAGGCCGAGGGCCUGCCUUGGACCUCUGCCCAUGCCCUGCCCCUGCUCCUCUAUGUUCUGUCCUCCAUCACUUACCUCACCUUCAGCCUCCUGGCCCACCUGCUGCAGUCCAAGUCCGAGCUCUCCCACUACACCUUCUACUUUGUGGACUACGUGGGCGUGAGCGUUUACCAGUACGGCAGUGCCUUGGUCCACUUCUUCUACACCUCCGACCAGGCCUGGUACGAGCACUUCUGGCUUUUCUUCCUGCCCGCAGCUGCCUUCUGUGGCUGGUUAUCUUGCGCUGGCUGCUGCUACGCUAAGUACCGUUACCGCAGGCCUUACCCAGUCAUGAGGAAGAUCUGUCAGGUGGUGCCGGCGGGGCUGGCCUUCAUCCUGGACAUCAGCCCCGUGGCACAUCGCGUGGUUCUGUGCCACCUGUCUGGCUGCCAGGAGCAGGCAGUCUGGUACCACUCCCUCCAGAUUGCCUUCUUUCUGGUCAGUGCCUACUUCUUCUCCUGUCCGGUUCCGGAGAAGUACUUCCCGGGUUCCUGUGACAUCGUGGGCCACGGGCAUCAGAUCUUCCACGCCUUUCUGUCUGUCUGCACACUGUCUCAGCUGGAGGCCAUCCUCCUAGACUACAAGGGGCGACAGGAGAUCUUCCUGCAACGCCACAGCCCCCUGUCCAUCUACACGGCCUGCCUCUCCUUCUUCUUCUUGGUUGCCUGCAGUGCAGCCACUGCAGCCUUCUUGAGGCAAAAAAUCAAGGCCAGACUGACCAAGAAAGAUUCUUGAGGCCAGCAGAUGGGGCGCUGUGUGGAGUUGGCCUGAUAUGAUUUGGGGAAAACUUGAAUCAACAGUAGGAGCUGACUUUUGGUUUUUUAGAGCAGGCUUUUAAAUGAGUACAUAUUUCCAAGGGUGGCUAUGACCAUGGCAUUAGGAAGCCAAAGGGUCCAAGAGUUUUGCUGUUAUUGUUGUGAAUGAAAGUAUUCCUUUAUCCUCUGGGCUGUAGCCAUACGAGACACAGGAAGGGAAGGGACCUUGGCUAAGAUUCAUCGGACACUGAAUUAAGAACCAUCUUCAUGCCUGAAGAUUUAGUAGAAUUCUGACUGUGGAUUCCAGGGGCAAGGCCUGGUCUAAAGGGAUAAUCCAACUGGACUGGAAAAGUUAGGAGGUGGCUGGACCACACUG